AUGGCGUUCCUGCCCCGCCGCGCCGAGCAGAGGCAGCGGCGCCUGCACGUCACCUCAGCGCCCGGUGCUCGACGGGGCGUGGCAGCGUCAAGGAAGUUCUCGCCUGCCCACACACUCGAGCAAGCCGAGGGUGAGCCUGACCGUGCCUUAGAAAUAGCCGACUCUCAAAGCUCGUAUUUUUGUAUCUACAGCAUCGCCAAAACCUGGAUCGUAGCAUUAAGCGCUAACCACGCAUUUGGAAAAUUAAGACGUAUGAACAUGGGAGCAGCUGCAGAAGGAAACGUAAGAGGGAAGAGGCACGUCUGGCCGGAGCUCGGUUCCCUGCUGUGCUCAAAGAGGUUUAAUAAAAAUUUGCCCUCAGAACAUACCACCAUGGCUGCGAUAUACCGGGCAUUGAUCAGAAGAGCCGACAAGAUAGUGCCUGCCAGGUUCCAGCCGUUUUGGAACCACCCGGCAGGUCCAAAGACCGUCUUCUUCUGGGCACCGUCCUUCAAGUGGGGACUGGUGAUUGCUGGUCUGGGGGAUCUGGCUCGGCCGGCUGAGAAACUGUCUGCCUCCCAGUCUACUGCCCUGGCUGCCACUGGCACCAUCUGGUCAAGGUACUCCCUAGUGAUCAUCCCCAAGAACUGGUAUCUCUUUAGUGUCAACAUGUUUGUGGCAGGAACUGGGAUCUAUCAGCUGUGCCGCAUAGCCCACUAUGAGUGGUCCAAAGGGAAGGCCAAGAAUGAAUCAUAAGCAACAGUAUCUGGUGCUUCAGGAAUCUGCACAAGUUGGCACAGGAGAUGUACUGACAAUGGCAGACAAUAAUAUCUGCUGCAUACCAGACAAACUCCAGUUUAACAAUUAAUGACAAUACGGUAGAGAUAAUUUGUUUCAACAUUCUGUACAUUCUCAAAUUGUUGUUCUUUAUAUAUUUUAAUAAAGGAAUAUCACUGUA